ACGAGCUUCUUGUAUGGCUACUGAAGGAGGACAAGAAGUUCAAUCACCUCUAACUGUCUUGCCAAGUAUGGGCAUUGAAGACCUAAGAGUGAAUCAUAUGUUCAAGAACAAAGAAGAGUUGAAAUCUGCUCUUUCGAGGAUUGCUAUCAAGAAGCACUUCCAAUACAAGGUUAAGAGAUCAUGUUCGCUGACAUUUUGGGCAAAAUGCAUAGAUGAAAAUUGUGAGUGGUACCUCCGCGCUAGAAGCUCUAAAACAUCAAGCUACUUCAGAGUUAUCAAGUACAAAAAAUUUCACUCAUGCUCCUUAAAUCACAAAAGUACUGAUAAUAGACAGGCUAGUGCAAAAGUAAUCAGUGAUUGCAUCAAAGAAAAGAUUCGUGACCCGAAAACAAACUACAAAACAAGACAAAUAAUAAAUGACAUGCGAGAUGAGUAUGGAGUGCAGGUAAAAUAUAACAAAGCAUGGAGGGCAAAGGAACUAGCAAAGAAUAAUGUCAGAGGAUCAUAUGAAGAGAGUUAUGCUGAGUUACCUGCGUACUUACAUAUGCUGAAAUUGUCCAACCCAGGAACCAUCACAAGAAUUGAGAAAGAUGAUGACAAUAGGUUUAAAUAUAUGUUUCUGGCUUUUGGUUGCUCGUUGGAUGGAUGGAAACAUUGCAGACCUGUUGUAGUGGUUGACGGAACUUUUUUAAAAACAAAAUGUGGAGGAACGUUAUAUGCAGCUUGCGCUAAAGAUGGAAAUAACCAAAUCUUUCCUCUUGCCUUUGGAAUUGGAGACUCUGAGAAUGACAAAGCGUGGAAAUGGUUUUUCAAAAGGCUUAAAGAAGCAAUAGGUGAACGAGAAGAGAUGUGCAUAAUAUCUGAUAGGCACAUCAGCAUAAAGAACGCGAUUGCAGAAGUCUUUCCAGGAAUAUACCAUGGGAUAUGUGCUUACCAUUUGAAGCAGAACUUAAGGAGUAGGUUUAGGGGUGUGCACGUGCAAGCCACAUUUGAAAUUGCUGCUAGAAGUUAUUCAGUUCCAGAGUAUGAUUCUGCUAUGGCUGAGUUGCGCAACAUCAAUCCUGAAAUUACUACAUACUUAUUGGAAGCAGAUCCAAAAAGGUGGGCUAGAUCGUUCUUUCCGAAAAGAAGAUAUAAUAUUAUGACCAGCAAUAUUUCUGAGUCAAUAAAUUCUGCCAUUGAACAUGCAAGAGACCUACCUAUAACUCCAUUAGUAGAAGCUCUUAGAGAAAUGGUACAAGAUUGGUUCUCAAGACGAAAAGAGGCAGCUACAUGCCAAUUUUUUGACGUGACAAAAUGGGCAAAUGACGUAAUGGAGAGCAAACUUGAUCAAGCAUUUCGAAUGAAAGUUGAUAAAAUAGAUAUGUUCAAAUAUCAAGUCACCUAUGGUGACACAACCUUCAUUGUUGAUCUGACUGAAAACUCAUGCUCUUGCAAGGAAUUCCAACUAGAGGGAAUUCCAUGUGCUCACGCCAUUGCAGCAAUCGAUGCGAAUCAUUUUGAUAAAUACAAGUUUUGCUCUGAGUGGUAUAGCAAAUCUGUUUUGUUGGAAACAUAUGCAGGUUCAGUUAACCCUCUUCCAAAUAAAGAGGAUUGGAACACCCCAGAUGAAAUUAAAGAAGACCGCAUCAAGCCUCCUGAAUUCAAAGUUAAACCAGGACGUCCUAAGAAAAGAAGAGGAGAAGGAAUUGGAGAUUAUGCCAAGCGUGGUCGACGAACAAUGACAUGUGGAAAUAGUAAAAUAUUGGACCACAAUAAAAAGAGUUACAACCACACAGCCAACCAAUUCUAAAGCCAGGCUAAGGAUAUCAAAUAUUUGACUUGCUUAAACAUAUAUAGCUUUAGGCUUGCAUCAUACUCUGUUAUUUGCUAUUUGAUUUGUAGCCUUUUCCUUUUAUUAAGUUUGGUUUGGCAAUGUGGAAAAUGAGAAUUAUAAUCAUUUGAUUAAACAUAAAUGUGAACUACAAUGAAUCAUGAAUGAAUAACUGUCUUCUAAUCUCAACCAUUGGAGGAAAGCAUGGUUGAUACUUCCUGUAUUCUUUUGUAUCUCAAGUAUUGAUCAACUUUGCAGGCAAGGAUUCUAGCAUUGAAUGAUAAUUACUUUUUAAAAGUUGGGGGUCACUUGGUAAUCUCCAUCAAGGCCAAUUGCAUAGACUCUACAAUUCCCGCUGAGCAUGUUGCUUGAACAUAUAUAGCUUUAUGUUUUAGACUUGAAAUUAAUAAUAAUAUGUAUCAGUUGAAGAAGCAAAGAUAGCAGAGCUUUAUUGAUUUGUUUUUUAUUUUCUUGUUGGAUUGUAAUUGCUGAACAUUUUUGAUGCAUGAGCUUUAUUGUAAUCAAAUAUUUGACCACACUUUUUAAGACUGUAGACAUACCUUUUCAUUUUAAUUUUUACACAUUUGGUUCUCA